AUGAACCGGAUCCCGUCCGUCUCACUGCGGGGCGGGGCGGACGCGGACGCCGCGGCGGCGGCGGCGCCGCCCCCCGACCCCGCGGCGCUGGCGCGGUGGGCGCGGGCCUUCUGCGUCAUCCGGUUCGACCUGGAGCGCGGGCAGCUGGUGGAGGCGUGCUUCCCGCCCGACGCGCUGGCGGCGGCCGGCGGCGGCCUCGACCGCCUCGUCGCCUUCUCUUCCUUCCCGGACUCCAUGUCCCACCACCUCCCGCGCCACCGCUCCUCCGUCCACGACUCGCUCUUCUCCUUCCGCAUCCCGGACCCGUCCUCCCCGCGCCGCGCCUUCCUCUACGGCUUCGUCUUCAACCGCCAGCGCCAGGACGAGCGCCUCCCCCGCGGCGGCGAGCAGAAGUCCGUCGUCAUCCUCUCCCACGCCCCCUACUCGUCGCUCUUCCGCCUGCUGCUGCAGAUCCUCGGCCCGCUCUGCUUCGACGUCGGCCCCAGCGCGCUGGCCAUGGUGGCGUCGUACGUCGCCGCGUGGCCCGCGCCGGCGCCGGGGAGGCCCAUGGAGCUCCCGAUCGGCAGUGCCGCGCUGCGCGUGCACCUACCGCCUGCGGCUGACGACCCUGGUCCGCCGCCCGCGCUGCUGCCCGCCAACCCCUCGGUGCCAUACGGGCUCUUUCAUGAUGCAGACCUGUUUGCCGCGUUCCGUGGCCUACUCCUCCACUUAUGGACGCUCUGGGAGCUCAUGGUGGUCGGCGAGCCCGUCCUGGUUGUCGCGCCGUCUCCAGCUCAGUGCUCAGAGGCUGUGGCUGGGCUUGUUAGCCUUGUUGCUCCGCUUUUGUAUAGUGUGGACUUCAGGCCCUAUUUCACUAUCCAUGAUCCGGAUUUUGCUCGCCUGAAUGCGCUUGCAGAAGGUGAGGUCUUCCCGCCAAUGGUGCUUGGAGUGACCAACCUGUUUUUCUUGAAGAGUCUUAAGAGCAUUCCCAAUGUUGUGGCUGUGGGAAGCCCCAAUCCGAAUUCAACGAGGGUGCUCCCAGUGGGUGGCCAAUUGCCAGGGAAUGGAACUAAUGGGACACCCGGGAAGCUCAAGCUUGACAAACUUUCGAUCAAUAAGUUCUCUCCCACUAGCCUAUUGAAUUCCAUCAAAUUGAGAAGAGAAGGUCCUCUUUCUCUCAUGACAGAGCACAAGGAAGCGUUAUGGAGCACGUAUGGGCCAACCACAAAGCCUGAUACUUCUGUUCUAAAUAGGCUCAUUGACGCUGGGGUGUCACCGAGGAUUGAAGAGUCCAUGUCAGUAGUCAACAAUGAGAUAUUGCGACGACAUUUCUUGGAGCUGACAACAAACUUCCUUGCACCUUUUGGGCCGUAUCUGAGAACUACAACACCAUCAGAAGGGAGUUCACCUUUUGUUGACCCACCAUUGCUACCACCAUUUCACGCGGAUGAGUUUGUCAAUGGUUUGGCAGCUAGAGGUCCAGGGAAAUUUUUGUCCAAAAGGAUGAGAUCCAAUUGGUUGGAUCUAUAUAGGAGAUUCCUGGAAGGCCCCAAUUUCAUGCCUUGGUUCCGACAAAGACGUGCUGCUGCAGAGCAAGAACAACAGAGGCUCUGGAGGCAGGCUCGCAUGAAUGUUGACACUGAAAAGCUAAUGUCAAAGAUGUCCGAAUUGGAGAGGAUUGAUUCUUUUAAUGCUGUUGAGCGGUAUCUUCUUAGAGAGAUGGAGAACUCCGGAAGAGGAAGUGCUGAUUCAGCAGCAGCGUGCCAGAAAUUGAAGGGAGACCUCCAAGCAGCUUUUAGCGUCCUGCCGAAGGACAUGCAACAGCUUCUGCUCUCCAACCCUAAAAGAGCUGUUCUUCUUCAAGGUAGCCAAGAAAAGGCCCCGGGGCCCAACGGCAUUGUCACCCAGACGAGUUUAUAGCAGUUCUUUUUCCCCACCUCUGUAACAUUACCACUGUUGACUAUUUUUCCCACACACAUAAUACAAAGUUACACACUUUAUACUUGUC